GGACAACAGCCUUGUAUCCAAUAACAUUGUCUCUCUGGAUUUGAUUGCCUUCAAAACUUUUACUACUCUCCGACCUUUUUUUCCCCAAUUAUUCACAGAAAACAUUUGUGAAUUGUGAGUGGGCAUCUCCAGUUAUGCAUCCAGCCACAUGGCGCCUUCGCCUCUCAAAAUGGGAGCCUCAAACUUUUUCUCUUGUGUUCUCCCAUUAUAUAUUCGGACCCUUUUCUUCUUGCCUCAGCAAAUGAAGCGAGAUUCCCUUCUUUUCUAAAGGAUUUUUUUUUUGUGGGUUUUUCUUGUCUUCUUCUGAGAAAAUGGCAUUGUCUUCUUGUUUUCUCCGCACUCCACUCUGCGUUUCUCCUCUCCGGAUUGAUAUUCACACAAGAUCGCCCUCUACCAACUCAUGUAGCACCCGAAUGAGCCAAAGAUGCAAGCUUUCUCUCGGAAGCUCGAAAAUGGGUCUGAACCAAUGUUGGAGGUUGAAUUUUGUUGGGGGCUCAAGACCAAAUCCUGGAAAAAGCAGAAACGGCUCUGUCGUAUGUGCUUCGUGGCUUGCAAAUUCUCAGAUUGCUGCUAGUGCUUUUACAUGGGGCACAGUUGCUGUGCUUCCAUGUUACACCUUCAUGGUUGCGGCGCCUCAAGCUGAGUUUACCAAGAAAAUAGUGGGAAGCAGCAUACCCUAUAUUGUUCUUGGGAUGUUGUAUGCUUAUCUACUCUAUCUGUCGUGGACGCCUGACACCAUCCGCUUCAUGUUUGCGAGUAAAUACUGGCUACCGGAGCUACCAGGCAUUGCUAAGAUGUUCUCCAGUGAGAUGACACUCGCUUCUGCUUGGAUUCAUUUGUUAGCUGUCGAUCUCUUUGCUGCAAGGUCUCUCUCUCUCUCUAAAACACAACCACAACCACAAACACAAACACAAACACUGAUCCCACAGUCGAUUUAUAUUGAAACAGGCAGGUUUAUUUUGACGGACUGCAAGACAAUGUGGAAACCCGGCAUUCGGUCUCUCUGUGCCUGCUGUUUUGUCCCAUCGGAAUUCUUACACAUUUCAUCACCAAAGCAGUGAGCGGUGGCAGCGAGAAAACAGAGCAUGGAAUUCGUUGAGCAACCAAGAAGUUUAGUUUUCAUAAAUCCAUUCAGUCAUGGUACUGUAUGUAUCUGGAGACAAUGGCAUUCUGCUUUCUAUUACAUCUUUAGAUCGUCAUGUGAGUUUUUAUUCAAAGGUUAACCAAAUCUAUUCUAGUUCUAUCA